UGGAGCAGACGCCAAGAGCGUCUUAGCACUACGACUUCCGGAACGUUUGACAUAUGUAAAAUAAAUAAAUGGUUUGCUUAAAUUUUAAGCGACUUACCUUUUUAUCUCACAAUGGACCUAGCUAAAAUGUGUAGUAAGGCCUUAGUAGUGGCCAAACCGAAGGGCGCUCUGGGACCAGAAAAGAAAAAGGUCUCAGUUCUUGAUGAAGAGGAAUACACAGAGGGUAUUGAAAAGAUCAUAGAGAAAGAUUUCUUCCCCGACUUGUCGAAGAUGAAGGCACAGUCUGAAUACAUGGAAGCAAUGGAGAAGAAUGACCUAGUCAAGUUACGUGAACUAGAGCUCAGAUUCUCUAGAAGACCCAACACAGACAAAUCUAUAUAUUCGUCCCCAUCAACUUUUGAAACUCCAGAACCGGGUUCCAGACCUGAAACACAGAAACAUCCCACAGUUACCCUGACAGAGAAUAACCUGGAGAAUAUAGCAUAUGAUGAUUCAGGUCCAAAGCUACACCUGGAUUCCUUCUUAUCUCGCAACACAAGUGAAGACAAUCAAUCCUUUGGGCAGAUAUUGGCUGAAUCUGAAAAGAAGCACAGAGAAAAACAUGGAUGGCUAUUUGAAAACGAGACUAACCGAACAAAGGAGGAAAACGACCGCUUAGCCUUGCCCAAUAUUGAAACACAGGCAGCAAUAACCGAUGGCCAAGCUGGGGUGGACACUUGGAAGUAUAAAACAAGAAACGCACUCAUGUACGUUCCAGACGGAGUAGACUACAGUGCAUCUGAACUUCUUGAGUUAAAAAAGAAAAAACCUCGCAAAGUUGUUCACGAGAACACGCGUUUCAAGGAAAAUCCGUGGAACGCACUGAAGAACAGAGAAGCCAUGAAGCAGGCUGCCUCUGAUAAGGCUGUUAUGCAUUCUGGGAAAUUUGGGCAUGAUGGGAAGGAAUUGGAGGUGGCCAUGACACCAAGAGUGAACGGUUACGGGUUUGUGGCAACCCCUUCACCAGCACCGGGGGUUGAAGACUCACCAUUCAUGACUUGGGGAGAGAUUGAGGGGACACCUUUCCAGCUGACCAAUGAGACGCCACUGGUGCCGUCUGAUGCCCCCGCGUUUAAGAUUCCUGACGUUCCGAAAAGAGACCAGCUGGCAUUCCAGCUUGCAGAAAAGGCCAGCAAACAGCACAGAGAUAAGAAGGAGAAUGCCCUGAGACUGGCUUCCAGAUUUGCGAGCCCUGGCACAAGCAAAGGUUCGGCUAUCGAGAGGAUCAGUUCCUUGUCCCCUGCCGCCCAGAGACUACUGGGCUCCAAGAUUGCAGUCCGAUCUGGGACAGACAAGGCUCUCCGGGCCAGCUACAGUCCCUCUCCGACCCGGAGCCAGUCGGGGGACAAGACCCCGAAACUCACGCCCAAGACAACACCUAAAAAUAAGACGCCAUUGUUCAGUGAUUCCCCUAGUUUGACCCCUGGACAGAAACGGGAUGCAAGUGAGGCUCCAUCAUUGACUGACAAUUUGCUGAAGAUUCCAAGAAAACGGCAAAAAGCGACAGAUUUUUUCUGAGCAAUACUUUGAUAAGGUAGCAUUUUUUUGCUAAGGGAAAAGCACUUUGACAAGUGCAUUGGCAUGGUGGCCACUGCCUCAGAUCAGAACUAGAGAAGUGGGAAAACAGUGUGCUCUUGUGAUUCUGCACUUUUGUUAAUAUUACUAUACUUGUAAUUUUUGUUUAGUUAUAAUACUAGUGAUAUUGGCUAAGAACAUCAGGAAUUUUAAGCCCACCUUAAGGGAUAAGGGGAAGAAGUGGUGCAAGAUCAGAAUUGUAUGCAAGGCAAUCAUUUAUGUGUGAUGCUGCAUUAAGAUAUGUAGUAAUGUAGUGUUUCAAAGUUUAUGGCACCGUUUGCAACCAUUUUUGCAUACUUGGCAAUCCUAUAGUUAUCAGCAGAUUUGGGAAGACCUUUCCUUAAACGUAGUUUAACAAUGAUAAAUAUUAUGUUGUUCCUUGUGGAUUCAAGACUUGUGGAUUAACAAUCUGAUUAAAUGAGUGUAAGAAAGGAGUUAUGUGUGAGUCUUUAAAUUUUCAUUUUCUAGUCAUUUAUUAGAAAUAAUAUGCUUAACUAAAAAAAGGACUUUAUUUUUUCAAUAUAUUCCAAUUAUAAAUUAGUGAUUUAAUAAACUUUGCCCAGUUUAUCAAUACAUCAUACCAUGCCUGUUUGCACAUUGAAAGGUUACCAUCAAUACGCAAAAUGUAUAUAUCUUUCAUUUCUUGUUGGAUUCUUAAGGGUAUUACAAGGCGAUUGCCAAGUAAUUUAUGUGCUUUUAGUACUGAAAUACAUAGAAGAAAGUACUUUUGUUCUGUACGAGUAUGCUAUUUACCAUGCAAAUUAAUAAAUUCUCAUACUAAGUA